AUGGUGCCCACUGUUUUGCUCAGUGCUCUUCUGCUUCAUCUCACUGAUGCUGUGGCUUCAGAACCGCGAUACAUCCUGUGGGUUUCCUCCGUGGUCCAGCGCUUUUCCCCGGAAAAAGCCUGUCUUCAUCUUUCAAACCUCAGCGAGUCUGUGUCCUUGAGCGUCAUCCUAGAAUAUGAUGGAUCCAAUACUACUAUUUUUGACCAGUCUGUGGAAGCAGGGGACUUCUAUGCUUGCAACAAUUUCAAAGUGUCUCAGACAUCCUCGGAGCCGUUGGCCUUUGUGACAUUACUUGCUCAGGGAAACACUCUUAAAAUCUCUGAAAGGAGAGCUGUAGCAAUCGCCGCAGAGGAGAACACAACUUUUGUGCAGACAGAUUCACCCAUCUACAAACCUGGAGACACCGUCAAUUUUCGAAUUGUGACCCUGAACACCUGGCUCAAACCCGUUGAUGACUUGUACCCUUUAAUCACCCUUCAGGAUCCUGAACACAAUGUGAUUUUUCAGUGGAAAAACGUGACCACUUUGAGAAACAUUACCCAGCUCUCAUUCCAUCUGACUCCAGAACCAAUGUUUGGUGAUUACACAAUUGUCAUAAGAAAACAAUCAGGAAUGACAGUGGUGCAUCUGUUCAGUGUUAAUCGAGAUGUAUUGCCCAAAUUUGAAGUUGAGGUCAGUGCACCAGAGACAAUAACUAUUGCAGACAAUCAAUUUCAAGUGGUUGCAUGUGCAAAGUACACCUAUGGCCAGUCUGUGCAGGGAAAAGUCCAGAUCCGAGUGUGCAGAGAGUUUUCCUCCUCUGGGUAUUGUGAGAGCAAUAGCAACAAUGAAAUAUGCGAGCAGUUCACCGAGCAGCUGAAAGAUGGCUGUAUUUCUCAAGCUGUCAAUACAAAAGUCUUCCAACUAUACCGCUCUGGAUUAUUCAUGACAUUUAAUGUUAAUGUAAUGGUUACAGAGUUUGGAACAGGUGUGCAGAUCAGUAAAACACACCCUGUGUUUAUCACUUCGGUGCUUGGCAGCGUGAUCUUUGAGAACAUGGACUCUUUCUACAGGAGAGGGAUCACUUAUUCUGGAACACUUAGGUUUUCUGGUUCCAAUAAUGCACCGAUGGUGAGGAAGCUUUUGCAACUGGAGCUCAAUGGCAAAUUUCUAGGCAAUUAUACAACAGAUGAGAACGGGGAAGCUCAAUUCUCCAUCGACACUUCAGAGAUUUUCGAUGCACAGAUCAGCCUGAAAGCCAUUUAUGUGCGACCCAGAAUCUGCCAUCGUCCCAGCUGGUUGGACCCUGAGUAUUUGGAUGCCUACUUUUCAGUCUCACGCUUUUACUCCAGAACCAACAGCUUCCUAAAGAUCGUUCCUGAGCCAGAGCAGCUCCCGUGUAAUCAAGAGAAGAUGGUUUCAGUACUUUACUCCCUAAACCCUGAGGCCUACAAGGAUGCCUCAGGUGUGAACUUCUUCUAUUUGGUGAUGGCAAGAGGAAGCAUCUUCCUCAGUGGACAGAAGGAAGUCAGAAGCCAAGCCUGGAAUGGAAGCUUCUCCUUCCCGAUCCGCAUCAGCGCUGAUCUGGCACCACUGGCAGCCCUCUUUGUCUACACUCUCCACCCCAGCGGGGAAAUCGUUGCAGAUAGUGUCAAGCUCCAGAUUGACAAGUGCUUUAAAAACAAGGUUAGCAUAAAGUUCUCGAAGGAGCAGGACCUACCAGGCUCUACCACCAGGCUACAUCUUCAAGCAGCCCCUAACUCCUUCUGUGGCCUGCGAGCAGUGGACAAAAGUGUCCUUCUGCUGAAACCCGAACAAGAAUUGUCACCUGAAAGUGUAUACAACCUGCUUCCGAAUAUCCACCCAUAUGGAUAUUUCUACCAUGGUCUCAACCUGGAUGACGAUAGAGUAAACCCAUGCAUCCCUCAGAAGGAUUUGUUCCACAAUGGACUGUAUUAUACACCUGCAAGCAAUUCUUGGGAUGGGGACAUCGCUAAUCUUCUCAGGGACAUGGGUCUGAAAGUCUUUACUAAUUUCCAUUACCGGAAACCAGAAAUAUGUUCAUCCCAGGAAAACUUGCACUUACUGAGGACAUUUGACGGCCCACAAGGACCAAUGAUGUAUGGUGCUCCAGCUGCCUUUCGUGAUGCCGUAGACAGCAUCAACCACGCAGAACAGGCCAUUAGAGAGACAGUCAGGACACACUUCCCCAAGACCUGGAUAUGGGACCUCAUCAGUGUAGAUUCCUCAGGUUCAGCAAAUGUCUCGUUCCUUGUCCCCGAUACUAUAACCCAAUGGGAGGCCAGCGCCUUCUGUGUGAACGGGGAAGCUGGGUUUGGCAUUUCACCCAAAGCAUAUCUACAGAUCUCCCAGCCCUUCUUCAUUGAAAUUGCCUCACCCUUCUCCAUUGUUCGAAAUGAACAGAGUGACGUGGUUGUCAGUGUCUUCAGCUACCUGACUACGUGUGUAGAGAUUUCUGUUCAGUUAGAAGCAUCUGAGAAUUAUGAAGCAAAUAUCAACACCCUAAGUAACAAUGGCAGUGAUGUUCUCCAGGCUGGAGAAAGGAAAACAUAUGUCUGGACCAUUAUACCAAAGACAUUGGGUAAAGUAAAUAUUACUGUAGCGGCUACAUCCAAACAAAGUAGUGCCUGCCCAAAUGAUGCCAGUAAGCAACAAGAUGUCAACUGGAAAGACACCGUAGUCAAAGGCUUACUGGUAGAGCCUGAAGGUAUUGAAAAAGAAACAAGCCAGAGUUUCCUUAUCUGCACAGAAGGUACCAAAGUCUCAAAGCCAAUACUUCUGGAAUUGCCAAGUGAUGCAGUGGAAGGGUCGGUCAGAUCCUUUGUCACCAUUGUGGGGGACAUUCUAGGAGUCACAAUGCAGAAUCUGGAGAGUCUUCUCCAUACGCCCUAUGGGUGUGGUGAGCAGAACAUUGCCCAGCUAGCAUCUGACACUUACAUACUCGACUACCUGAGAGCCACCCAACAGCUGACAGAAGUAGUCAAAUCCAAGGCGCUACUUCUCUUAACCAACGGUUACCAGAAGCACUUGUCUUUCAAAAACUACGACGGUUCAUACAACAUGUUCUGCCAGAGCAGUCAGAAAGGAGACACAUGGCUCAGUGCUCUUACUUUCAAGACGUUUGAGAGGAUGAAGGAAUAUAUUUUCAUUGAAGACUCGGUCCCCAAACAGACCUUAAUCUGGCUUUCAAGCACACAGAGAACAAAUGGGUGCUUCAGAAGGAAUGACAAGCUUGUCACCAAUGCUGGGGAGGUAAGGGACUCACAGUGAGAGGAUGUUGUGCUCACUGCAUAUGUUGUCGGGGCGUUCCUAGAAGUUGGAUUCGAUUCCAGUUUCCCUGCCCUCCGCAAUGGUCUCUAUUGCCUGGAGGAGGCGUAUUCAAACGGCAUCACCAAUGGCUACACUCAAGCCAUUCUGGCUUACGUGUUUGCACUGGCUGGAAAAGAACAGCAAGUGAAAUCCUUACUCUCCAUCCUGGAUGAAUCUGCUACAAAAAUAAAUAAUAUGAUAUAUUGGGAGAAAGAAGAGAAACACAAAACAGAAGGCUCUCCAUCGUUCAUUCCUUCGGCACUUUCUGGUGAGACCGAGAAGACAUGCUAUGUGCUGUUGGCUGUCAUUUCUCGAGUCGCUCAGGACCUUGAUUACGCUAGUAAGAUUGUGCAGUGGCUUGCCCAGCGGAUGAACUCCCAUGGAGGUUUCUCUGCCACACAGGACACCACAGUGUGCCUUCUCGCCCUAACCCGAUACAUGAAUUUAACUGGCUCUAACUCUCAAAACACCGUCACCUUGAGCACUGAAGAAUCUGAAGAGGUUUUCCCCGUCAACAAUGAUAACCGCCUUCUGGUACAACGUUCAAAGUUAUCCAAAGGACACGGGCAAUACACGGUGGAUGUAGAUGGAGAAGGCUGUACGUUUAUCCAGGCCACCCUCAGGUACAAUGUACUGCUUCCUCAGAAGGCAUCAGGAUUUUCCCUUUCCUUGAAAAUGGGGGAAAGCAAUUCUUCGGAUGUGUCCCAGAAGAAGUUUGACCUCACAGUGACCCUCACGUAUAUGGGAGCUCACGAAAGCUCCGACAUGGUCCUUGUGGAUGUGAAGAUGCUCUCUGGGUUUACUCCUGUCCUCUCAUCCGUCGAGGAGCUUAAACACAAUGGCCCAGUGAUGAAGACAGACACAAAGAAUGGCCACAUUCUUUUCUACUUGAAAAAUGUUUCCAGGGCACCAACCAGCUUCACCUUCUCUAUUGAGCAAACCAACAUUGUGUCCAACAUCCAGCCAGCCCCAGUCAAGGUCUACAGUUACGAAAAAGAUGAAUAUGCCCUAGAUUCUUACAGCAUCAAUAGCAUUUCGGAUUCCCAAUAG